AUGGACUUAUGGGCACCAGCGGCAUGGCCAACAGACGGCUUGGGCUUGGGCUUGGAGCCAACAGAUCAAUAUAUCGACGACAUCAUGUUGACCGAUCAUCAGCUUAUGCCACCACUAUUCUUUCAUGCAGCCCUCGGUGCUCUGCCCUCUAUUGACAGACCAUCAUUUCCCACCUCGGACCACAAUCUCCCUUUGCCCAUACACCCUAUUAUGACCAGCGUCACCCAAGUCAGAACAUGCCACUGGCAGGGAUUCUGCGACCACACCAUCUCGGCGCUAUCGCCUGGCCAUGUGAUGCAGCACCUCCAACAGUACAACCUGAACGUGGAGGCUAACCCACCCCCGGUGGGCAUAAUAACCCUUUGCUGCUGGGUCAUGCAGGACGGCACUCUGUGCGGCAGACAGGUCACCAACAGGAACCUCGGCAAGCAUGUUGCCGCCGUCCAUUUGAAGUCCACCGCACGGAAGUGUGACUGCUGUGGCCACAUUGUGUCUCGGAGUGACACACUUUGGCAUCACAUGAAGAAGUGCCAUGGCAGCAGCAACUGA